CUCCCCGGAGGAGUGUGCCCCAUCAUCAGCGUCUGGAAACUCCGAGCUGCACGUUCUUCAAACAAUGAUGGAUAUAAUAACAGCAACUCCGUUUUACCACAUCAAUGCCACAGAAGGGAGGAACAGCUCUUUGUAUGAAGAUGAUGAAUAUGACUACAAGGACGAUCAUGCUGAGCUAAGGAAGUCCCUCAACAUCAUGUCCCUCAUUGUUUACUGCUUGGCUUUUGUGCUGGGCGUAUUGGGCAACGGCGUGGUUAUCUGGGUGACCGGUUUCAGGAUGAAGGAAACUGUCAAUACAGUUUGGUUUCUCAAUUUGGCUGUAGCUGACUUUCUUUUCACGGCUUUCCUUCCACUCAGCGUGACCUACACAGCCAUGGAUUUCCACUGGCCUUUUGGGAAGUUUAUGUGCAAACUCAACAGCACCAUAAGCUUUCUGAACAUGUUUGCUAGCGUCUAUAUUCUGGUUGUCAUCAGCGUGGAUAGGUGCGUGUCUGUGGUGUGGCCUGUCUGGGCUCAAAACUACAGGAGUGUGAGAAAAGCAUCCUGUGUUAGUCUAGGUGUAUGGGUGCUGGCUCUCAUCCUCAGUGCUCCUUACUUCAUUAUAAGAGACACAGCACCUGCCUUUCAUGAUGAAAAAAUAAUCAACUGCUUUAACAACUUUGCUUUCUCAGACGACUAUGAAACACCUGCGGGCAACGAGCUCAAACGUUUUCGCCAUCAAGCAAUGAGUAUUACUCGCUUUCUUCUUGGAUUUGUAGUCCCCUUCACUAUCAUUGUCUCCUGCUAUGCUGUCAUAAUUCACAGACUUCGGAAGAACCGCAGUUUGGCCAGCCAGUCCAGUCGCCCUUUUAAAAUUAUUGCUGCUGUUAUUACGACUUUUUUCCUCUGCUGGGCUCCAUACCACAUUAUAGCACUGAUUGAGUUGGUCUAUCACACGGCCAGUCCUACAAGUGACAUUUUUGACCAUAUUAUCAUAAUUGGGCAUCCUAUUUCCACUAGUCUGGCUUUUCUUAACAGUUGCCUAAACCCACUCCUCUAUGUGUUCAUGGGACAAGAUUUCAAGGAUAAAGUUCGUAAAUCGAUUUUAAAGGUCCUGGAAACCGCUUUUCAGGAGGAGGUGUCUCGUUCAUACACCUGCACAAACUCAAUGAUCACAAGUCGGAGUAAAGAGAAGUCUGUGUCUGAAGCUGAAGUAUAAGACUGUCUGCAGUGGCAGUAAUACUGCCAAAUGUACAUAUUUUUUCCAUCAGUGUAUAUAACAAAUUACUGCUAUGCUUUUUAUUAGACUUUCAGUUAUUUUUGAAUUAAGAAAUGUUACAUUGUGCUAAAAUAGCCUAUAUGAACAAGAGCUCCACUUUUGUUCCAUUGUAAAUAUGUUUUAAAUAGAUAGGCCUAUUUGUUUACUCGUCUUUGUAAAAUGUUCACAUUUUUGCCAG